CAAUGGGCUUAGAAAAGCUCAGGUUUCUGCGGAACCUGAAUUUGUCCUUCAACAAUCUCCAAGCAAAGGUGGUAGUUGAAGGGGUUUUCGGAAACAUCAGCUGGGAAUCAUUGCAAGGAAAUAAGGGGCUCUGUAGUGACAGCAAGGAUACACAGAAGAAGAGACUGCCUGCAUGCAGCAAGCAUGGAUCUUCUUCUCUUAAGCUCAAAAUCAUUCUUCCAAUUGCUAGCUCUGUAGUACUUUUAUGUGUUCUCUUCUGUUUAAUAUCUAUAGCGAAUUCAAGGAAACAGGAGAGUGAUAUUAGAAGAAGUUCAUGGGGUGCUUCCUUCAAAGGUCAACAUUGGAAAAUAUCAUACCAAGAUAUUUUAUCUGCAACAAACAAUUUCGACUCAGUGAAUUUGAUAGGUAAGGGAGGCUUCAGCUCUGUUUGUAAAGGAAUUAUUGGUAGUGAAAAUGAAAUAACCACCACCGUUGCCAUUAAGGUGUUUGACAUGAAAAAAAGCAAAGCUUCUAAGAGCUUUGCAUUAGAAUGCAAGACUCUGAGGAACAUUCGGCAUCGAAACCUGGUCAAGAUCAUCACGUCCUGCUCAAGCAUCGACCACAGUGGAGCCGAAUUUAAAGCUCUUGUUAUGGUUUUCAUGUCUGAUGUCAGUCUGGAGGAGUGGUUGCAUCCGGAGGAGAGCGCGUCUAUGAUGAGAUUGAAUCUGCUUCAGAGACUGAACAUCAGUAUAGAUGUAGCUACCGCCAUGGACUAUCUACACCAUGAUUGUAACCCAGCUGUGGCCCACUGUGAUCUGAAACCCAGCAAUGUGCUCUUGGAUGAUGAGAUGACUGCUAGUGUUGGGGACUUUGGAUUGGCCAGACUUCUCUUUCCUUCAGAGAACCGGAAUAGCACAGUCGAACUAAAGGGAUCCAUUGGCUAUAUUGCCCCAGAGUAUGGUAUAGGCAGCAAAGCAUCGACAAGUGGAGAGGUUUAUAGUUAUGGAAUACUAUUGUUGGAGAUUUUCACAGGCAAGAAGCCCAUAGAUGACAUGUCCAAGGAUGGAUUAAACCUGAAUAAAUUUGCAACUGCAGUGUUUGAGAAUCGUGUUGUGGAAAUUGUUGAUCUGAGCCUGCUGGAAAAUGAUGAUGACUCUGAGAGAAGUAACAGCACUAGCAGCAACACCAACACAAACAGCAAUGAUCGUAUUACGGGUGAAGUCAUGGAAACACAGAGAAUGAGACAGAAAUAGAUUGGCAGAGUAGAAAAGAAGCGUGUUUAGAAGCCCUGAUAAGAAUCGGUCUUUCAUGUGCGGCAUAUUCACCGAAGGAUCGUCCCAGUAUGAGAGAAAUUCUAAUUAAAAUGCACGACAUAAACGAAUCAUUGUUUCAGUUUGGAGGGAAAUGAUUUUCUUUCAUGAUCAAUUCUUAUCAUCAUAGUAAUUUGUGGUGGAUCAAGACAGCCUUAGUUUUAGGUUAAUAGCUUUAAGAGAGUCUUUUUAUCUUGUGGACUUUCCUCCUAAAUAAUAUGAUGAUGACAAUGAAAUUGUGUGGC